GACGGGCGUUACGAGGCAAGCACUAGAACAAGGGCCGCUCCGGAACAAGUAAUAUUAACAAAGAUUAAAGUGGGGGAGAGUGGCGGUGUUAUUAUUCAUAUGGAAGGUCGCGUGCGAUGGCAUAAAAGGCGCUACGAUAGCAGACCACAUCUGUGGGAAAAAUCGUUAUCAGAAUCAGGAAAGAGAUGACCGGCGUUUUUUGUAAGGGGAGGGUAAUGGGCGUUCAAAAGGGGCACACUUCAGGGUCACGCUUGAAAAUCAUAAGGCGUAGGCUGUGUUAUUUGUAUCUAUGGUAUCAGUUUGUGUUAUUUGUAUGGUAUUGUGCUAUAGUAGAUGGACGUGCUCAGGGGAAGGGAGGCUCUUGUUUUCCAUGGGCAUGCCUGCUCGGCUCUUUAUCUUUGUAAGACUUUCAGCCCACAAAUCGCCACAGGAAACCUUUUAUCCAACAUACAAUUUCUCUAAUAAAGAUCCGGCUAACGGGUCUUUUACGAGUUUCGCGAAAAUAAACACGAAAGACUCCUCCUCCAAAAGGCCCCGCGAGGGCGUAUUGCGCAGUUUGCAACUGAGGUUGCUGUGCGCCAAUAAUGGAAUCAGGUGUUUUUAUUCCACUUGAGAGCUGUUAAUGUUUAGAGUGUGCUACCCGGUGUGUCCCAGUUGCUACCCGGUGUGUCCCAGUAGACCGCGUGACGGCUCCCCUGCGCGGUACGGAUAUGAAAAAGGAAACAGAGAAGGUGGUAUUAAAAAAGGUAACCCGCCUGAAACCAAACGUGCCCUUGAAGUAGAAAGCCGUUGAGAAUGAAGAGAGGCAAGCACAAGAAUUUACCGAUUUUCGUUUAUUACUUUUUUCCCGAUUUUGACUCCUUACAUUUUUUUCCGAUGUUCACUUCUUAGAUUUUUUUUCACGAUUUUCACUUCUCCAAUUUUUGUCCACUAUUUUACUUUUAACGAUUUUUACCAAUUUUAACUUUCAACGAUUUUUCCCAAUUUUGACUUUUAACGAUUUUUUUCCAGAUUUUUACCUUUUACGUUAGUCGCGUUGAGUGCAUGUAGAACAGGGCAUGAGUUUUACAAGGUGCUAUCCCGAUUUCAUUCUCUGUAGGUGGGAAUUAAUAAUAAGUGAAAUGGACAGUGCUUUAAUGAGAGUGCGAAAAUUGCUUAAUUGCGCAAUUUAUUCGGCUUUAACUCGAAUUGACAAUUUUAACUUAAUAGGUUAUUAAUUUAGAAAUCGAAUUUAAACAAUUCAAUUUAACAACCAGUCCAUUAAAACAUUGUUAAACGUUCAUGACGAGUACCGGCUUGAUCACUGCCCAAACUUAGCCUCCAGCUAACCAAAUUUGAUUUCUUCCCCGCUCAUAUAGCUUUUAUUUUCAUAUUAAAUAUGCCUAUUUCUCGCUGACGAAUAUUUGCAAAGAAUUUGGAAGUACAUUGAAGCAGUAAAAUAAUAUGGCGUUAUGCUGUGAUACAUGUGAUUCACCUUCUGUUGCCCGUUUUCUUAUUAUUUCUUAUUCCCAUAUCCGUUCGGUUUAAUUAAGCAUCGGUUCAUUAACAUAACAGACAUCAAUUAACACAUAUACCGAGUUUAGAGGAACAUAUUUUUUUACAGAUUAAUUUGAGCGUGGGCCAUGCCAGUUGGUUGUCUCUCAAAAUAUAUACUGUGAACAAUAUAUCAAACCAAACAUCGUUAUACGAAUAACCAUUCGAUUGGAUCAAUGAAAAGAGGGAUUUUAAAUUAAUCAGACUCCUUCUUUGUACUUUUCACCCGGUCAAGACUUGGUCCUCGCGUCUGGUUUGAUCAUACGUGGCAACAAUUUAACAGUUAGCACUGUGCAGAUGAUUUAAGAGAAAAAGGGAUAACUCUGCCAAGUUCAAGGUUGUAAUCGUAUUGCAUUUAAAAAUAGAUGGCUUUGUUAAGAUGAAUUAGAGCUUUUCCUGCUUGCUGUCGCACCGAUAUUUACAGGGGAAAAGACAUGAGCUUGACAGUAUCUAGUGAGACUUUAUCCACCCAAUCCUCUGAGAACCAAACCAAUAUGUCAGACUCCUGCAUAAUAUUUGCUCAUGUCUUCUUGAAGAAAGAAGAAUCAUUGCACAAGUACCAAAUAUUUGCCAGCAACUAUCCGGAGUUAACUUCGUUCCUUCUGAUUCUUAAUCUUGUUCUCCCGCUACUGUCUAUUGGCGGUAAUGCGCUGGUUAUUUUGGCCAUCGCGCUAGUCCGUGAACUUCGAGUUCCUGCCAACCUUCUUCUUGUUAGCCUCGCCGCGAAUGAUGCGCUGACUGGUCUUGUUAUCCAGCCCUCUCACGCGGUCAGCCUAUACCGCGCCCUAUUGCAGCCUUAUGGUAAACUAUGUCGAACAGAUGGCAAGAUUUUCAUAGACAUUUGCGCUAUGUUCUCCCUGACUUCGGGUCUCACUUCACUUUGCCUCAUCACUGUUGAUAGAUACAUCUCAAUCACGCGGCCGCUCCGAUACUUUGCUAUCGUUACCAAGAGAAGGACGUAUGCUGCCAUUAAGACCUCUAUUGCUGGUUGUGGUACCCUUGCUCUGUUAUGUGUAUUUUUGCCCCCAUAUGUCCCAAGUAUCAUGAUUGUAUGGUGGGUCUACAUUCUCGGUAUCUGUACUACCAUGGUCGCCUUGCAUAUGCGUCUUUAUAUCAUAUCUUCCAAACACAGUGCUGCUAUCGUCGCAGAAGAAAAGCGCCUGAAUCCUUUGAUUAACACCAAGUCCGAGCGCAAAGCUCUCAAAACGUUACUUUUCGUGGCAAUGACCUUAGCUCUCAGCUUCGCACCAAUAACCCUAUUCAACCUCUAUUUACUAAACGCAGCAAAUGGUGAAGCCGAGCAUCUCGAGAUUAUCUUGAUGCCUUUCUUGGUGACGCUUUUACUAGCGGCACCCAGUCUACAUCCGUUUAUAUACUUUAUACGCAGUGUACGGAUAAGGAAAGUGAUUAGAAGAGUGAUCAUGAGACAUUAUCGAAACCGAACAUCAUAACAAUCCAAGAAACACUCUGGUCCCUUACUGAGUACUCCAAGGGACACUCUAGCCCCUUACUGGGUUCUUCAUACAAGGGACACCCUGAUCCCUUACUAGGCACUCUAUGGGACACUUUGGUCCCUUACUGGGUACCCCAAAGAACACUCUGGUCCUUUACUGGGUACCUCAAGGAACACUCUGGUCCCUUACUGGGUACCUCAAAGGACACUCUGGUCCUUUACUGGGUACCUAAAGGAACACCCUGGUCCUUUACUGCGUACGCCAUGGAAAACUCUGGUCCCUUACCGGGUACCUCAAGGAACACUCUAGUCCUUUACUGGGUACCUCGAGGAACACUCUGGUACUUUACUGGGUACCUCAAGGAACACUCUGGUCCUGUACUGGGUACCUCAAGGAACACUCUGGUCCUUUACUGGGUACCUCAAGGGACACUCUGGUCCUUUACUGGGUACCUCAAGGAACACUCUGGUCCUUUACUGGGUACCUCAAGGAACACUCUGGUCCUUUACUGAGUACCUCAAGGAACACUCUGGUCCUUUACUGGGUACCCCAUGAAAAACUCUGGUCCCUUACUGGGUAUCUCGAGGAACACUCUGGUACUUUACUGGGUACGCCAUGGAACACUCUGGUCCCUUACCGGGUACCUCAAGGAACACUCUGGUCCUUUACUGGGUACCUCGAGGAACACUCUGGUAUUUUACUGGGUACCUCAAGGAACACUCUGGUCCUUUACUGGGUACCUCAAGGAACACUCUGGUCCUUUACUGGGUACCUCAAGGGACACUCUGGUCCUUUACUGAGUACCUCAAGGAACACUCUGGUCCUUUACUGGGUACCUCAAGGAACACUCUGGUCCUUUACUGAGUACCUCAAGGAACACUCUGGUCCUUUACUGGGUACCCCAUGGAAAACUCUGGUCCCUUACUGGGUACCUCGAGGAACACUCUGGUACUUUACUGGGUACCUCAAGGAACACUCGGGUCCUGUACUGGGUACCUCAAGGAACACUCUGGUCCUUUACUGGGUACCUCAAGGGACACUCUGGUCCUUUACUGGGUACCUCAAGGAACACUCUGGUCCUUUACUGGGUACCUCAAGGAACACUCUGGUCCUUUACUGAGUACCUCAAGUAACACUCUGGUCCUUUACUGGGUACCCCAUGGAAAACUCUGGUCCCUUACCGGGUACCUCAAGGAACACUCUGGUCCUUUACUGGGUACCUCGAGGAACACUCCGGUAUUUUACUGGGUACCUCAAGGAACACUCUGGUCCUUUACUGGGUACCUCAAGGAACACUCUGGUCCUUUACUGGGUACCUCAAGGAACACUCUGGUCCUUUACUGGGUACCUCAAGAAACACUCUGGUCCUUUACAGAUUACUUCAGGGCAAUGUUUUUGUCAAAAAUUUGUUAUUUACUUGAAAAUAUUCACCUAUUUUAGGCAUUUUAUAACAAGAAAAAUAAACGUUUUUCAUUGUGACAGUGCUUAAAAUAUUUUUGGUAGUGAUAUUAUUGUUAACUAUCGACUUGUACCUGAAUUAAAUCUACCAUAUGUUUUUGGUCUUAUGUCUCUA